GCGAGGGCGAGGCGGCCACGCGGGGCCGGGAAUGCCCGCGGUGCGGGGACCCAGAGCCGCCCGGUGGUCGUGUCCGGGCGAUGGCUCUCCGCCUGGUCGCCGACUUCGACCUCGGAAAGGACGUGCUCCCGUGGUUGCGGGCGCAGCGGGCAGUGUCCGAGGCCAGCGGGGCCGGAAGCGGCAGCGCAGAUGUUUUAGAAAACGAUUAUGAGAGCUUACGUGUAUUAAAUGUUGAAAGAAAUGGAAAUAUUAUUUAUACCUAUAAGGAUGAUAAGGGAAAUGUCGUCUUUGGAUUAUAUGAUUGUCAAACCAGACAAAAUGAGCUUCUGUAUACUUUUGAGAAAGACUUGCAAGUUUUCAGUUGCUCUGUCAACAGUGAAAGAACUUUGCUUGCUGCAAGUUUAGUUCAGUCUACUAAAGAAGGAAAAAGGAGCGAACUUCAACCAGGAUCAAAGUGCUUGACUUUGUUGCUUGAAAUCCACCCUGUUAACAAUGUGAAGGUUCUAAAGGCUGUGGAUAGCUAUAUUUGGGUUCAGUUUCUCUACCCACAUGUUGAAAGUCAUCCUCUUCCAGAGAACCGUCUGUUACUGAUUUCAGAAGAGAAAUAUAUUGAACAAUUUCGUAUCCAUGUCGCCCAAGAAGAUGGAAAUAGAGUGGUGAUUAAAAAUUCUGGCCAUCUCCCAAGAGACAGAAUAGCUGAGGAUUUCGUUUGGGCUCAGUGGGAUACGUCAGAACAGAGAUUAUACUACAUUGACCUGAAGAAAUCAAGGAGUAUCUUAAAAUGUAUCCAGUUUUAUGCUGAUGAGAGCUAUAACUUAAUGUUUGAAGUACCCUUGGACAUAUCAUUAAGCAACUCAGGAUUUAAACUUGUCAACUUUGGAUGUGAUUAUCAUCAAGACCAAGAUAAAUUUUCCAAACACCUGACUCUGUGUGUUUUUACCAACCAUACAGGGAGUUUGUGUGUAUGUUACAGCCCGAAGUGUGCCUCUUGGGAACAAAUCACAUAUUCAGUGUUUUACAUUCAUAAAGGACACAGCAAGACCUUCACCACUUCUCUUGAGAAUGUUGGCUCACACGUGACAAAGGGCAUUACUUUUCUCAACCUUGACUAUUAUGUGGCUGUUUACUUACCUGGUCAUUUCUUCCACCUACUUAAUGUUCAACAUCCAGACCUGAUCUGCCACAAUCUCUUUCUGACAGGAAAUAAUGAAAUGAUUGAUAUGCUACCUCAUUGCCCUUUACAGUCAUUGUCAGGGUCCCUGGUAUUGGAUUGUUGUUCUGGAAAGCUCUAUAGAGCACUGCUCAGCCAGUCGUCUUUAUUACAGCUUCUGCAGAACACUCGCUUAGACUGUGAGAAGAUGGCCGCGUUGCACUGUGCGCUCUACUGCGGUCAAGGCACGCAGUUCCUGGAAGGCCAGUGGAGGCACAGAGCAGAUUUAAAUACCAACAGAGUUCUGUCUGACUUUUUAAAGAUUAUUCAAUGGAUUUCUGAGAAUGUCUCUGCCUGCCAUUCAUUUGACCUCAUUCAGGAAUUUAUAAUUGCUUCUUCAUACUGGAGUGUAUAUUCAGAGACAAGUAACAUGGACAAACUAUUGCCACAUUCCUCAGUGCUCACUUGGAAUACAGAAAUUCCUGGAAUAACUCUUGUGACAGAAGACAUUGCAUUGCCUCUUAUGAAGGUGCUCAGCUUUAAGGGCUACUGGGAAAAACUGAACUCCAACCUAGAAUAUGUUAAGUACGCCAAGCCACACUUCCACUAUAACAACAGCGUGGUCAGGAGAGAGUGGCACAACCUGAUCUCUGAAGAGAAAACAGGAAAACGAAGGUCCACGGCAUACGUGAGGAAUAUUCUUGAUAAUGCAGUAAAGGUGAUUUCUAACCUAGAAGCAAGAAAUUUGGGGCCAAGAUUAACACCCCUCCUGCAGGAGGAAGAUAGCCACCAGCGGCUGCUCAUGGGGCUGAUGGUGUCUGAGCUAAAAGACCAUUUUUUGAGACACCUACAGGGUGUAGAAAAGAAGAAAAUCGAACAAAUGGUUCUGGACUACAUUUCAAAACUGCUGGAUCUCAUUUGCCACAUUGUAGAAACCAGUUGGAGGAAACAUAAUCUUCAUUCCUGGGUUCUUCACUUCAAUAGUCGUGGCAGUGCUGCUGAAUUUGCAGUUUUUCACAUCAUGACCAGGAUUCUGGAAGCUACAAACAGUUUGUUUUUACCUCUGCCUCCUGGUUUUCAUACUCUGCACACCAUCCUCGGGGUCCACUGUCUCCCUUUGCAUAACCUGCUGCAUUGCAUUGACAGUGGAGUGUUGCUUCUCACCGAAACAGCUGUCAUAAGGCUCAUGAAAGAUCUGGACAAUACAGAGAAAAAUGAAAAACUGAAAUUCAGUAUCAUUGUGCGGCUUCCUCCGCUUAUUGGUCAGAAGAUUUGUAGACUUUGGGAUCAUCCUAUGAGUUCUAACAUCAUUUCGCGGAACCACGUGACACGACUGCUUCAGAACUACAAGAAACAGCCUCGGAAUUCUAUGAUUGACAAGUCAUCGUUCAGUGUAGAAUUUCUGCCUCUGAACUACUUCAUUGAAAUUCUGACAGAUAUAGAGUCCUCUAAUCAAGCCCUGUAUCCUUUUGAAGGACGUGACAAUGUGGAUGCAGAAUUUGUAGAGGAAGCAGCUCUGAAACACACCACGAUGCUUUUAGGCUUAUGAAAAAGAAAAUGCAAUUGGAUCUGCUGCUGCCAUUUUAAUCUUGCUCAUUAACUUUACUCCUUUGAGAAUUCUUUAACAAUAUUUAAAAUUGGUAACAAAAAUAAGAAAUUGUUCAGCCAUCUGAGUUUCAGGUUGGUACACGUUCAGACAGAACUGCUGUAUCACAUUCCAAUUUUGAAUAGCCAGUGAGCAAUCAAGUGUAGAGAAAUGAUAAAUGGCCUAAGAAGGCAUACAGUGGCAUAAAUGAUGCUCUUCCUAGUAGCUUAAUAGGCCACAAGCUAGUUUCUGUUGCACUCUGAAAUAAAAUAUGCUUUAAAAAUAUAGGGAACAGUGCUUAGAAAAGCAAAAACUAGGUGUGUCAUUGAAAUAAUAGGCAGAAAAAUUAAAUGUUACAUAAGAACACUAUUUGGAAAGAGGCUCCUUUUAAAAACUGAAUUUGUACUAAAUCAGAUUUGCCAUGUCCAGUACAGAAUAAUUUGUACUUAGUAUUUGCAGCAGGAUUUGUCUUUGUGAAUUCAGAUGAAACAUAUUUAAUUUUUUUUUAUUUAUAAAAGGUUGAUUUAGGAAUAUUUUGUCAUUAAAAAACCUGAAAACA